AUGCAUAGAACAUAUUCAUUAAGAUCAUCUAGAGCUCCAACCGCUUCUCAAUUGCAAGCACCACCUCCACCUCCUUCAUCUACUAAAUCUAAAUUUUUUGGUAAAGGAUCAAUUUCUCAUUCAUUUAGAAAAAGUGCUGCAGGUGCUUUAGGUCCAGAAUUAGCAAGAAAAUUGGCUAUUUUAAUUAAAAUGGAAAAAAAUUUAAUGAGAUCAAUUGAAAUUACUUCAAAAGAAAGAAAAGAUGUUGCAAAACAAUUAUCCUUAUGGGGAGAAUCAAAUGAAGAUGAUAUUAGUGAUAUUACUGAUAAAUUGGGAGUAUUAAUAUUUGAAAUUGGAGAAUUGGAAGAUCAAUUUAUUGAUAGAUAUGACCAAUAUAGAAUUACAUUAAAAUCAAUUAGAGAUAUUGAAGGUUCUGUACAACCUUCAAGAGAAAGAAAACAAAAAAUUACUGAUCAAAUUGCUUAUUUAAAAUAUAAAGAUCCUCAAUCUCCAAAAAUUAAUGUUUUAGAACAAGAAUUAGUUAGAGCUGAAGCUGAGUCUUUAGUUGCUGAAGCUCAGUUGUCAAAUAUUACAAGAGAAAAAUUAAAAACUUCAUUUAAUUAUCAAUUUGAUUCAAUUAGAGAACAUGCUGAAAAAAUUGCUUUAAUUGCUGGUUAUGGUAAAGCAUUAUUGGAAUUAUUGGAUGAAUCUCCAGUUACUCCAGGUGAAACUAGACCAGCAUAUGAUGGUUAUGAAGCUUCAAAACAAAUUAUUAUUGAUGCUGAAAAUGCAUUAGCUUCAUGGACUUUUGAUUCUGCUGUCGUUAGACCAACAUUAUCAUUACAUCAUGAAGAAGAUGAAGAAGAAGCUUAUGAAGAUGACGAAUUGGCAAAUGAAACUGAAAAUUUAAGAAUUGCUGAACAAGAUUUUGAUAAGCAUGAAGCUCAAGUUGCUUAA